AUGGGUGUGUCUGAGGCCAGACGCCUACAUGAAAGCAAGCUGGAAAUGGAAAGCAACGCCCAUGAACUGCUUGCGAGUGCAGCUGUCAACCCAACACAGAGAACUGUGUACCACUGGUAUGAGCAAUGGCGAAAGGAUGCGUAUGGCGAUGACAGAGAGCCCAUUCAGAAGCUGAAGGAGAAGAUUUCUGUGUACCGACAAGAGGGUGUUGAGAUCAAUGUGACUGAGAGCACAGAGGCAGACGACGCGAAAAAUGCUUCAACCUGGGCAGUUGUUAUUGUCACUCCUAUCAUGAAGAGGACACAACAACUGAAGGCUGCUCAGGAAGUCAUAUUCGUCGACUCAACCUCAUCUUGUGAUGCAACACAGAGCACAAUCACUGUACUCCUUGCAGCAACUAAUGCUGGGGCAAUUCCAGUCACCGUGCUCAUUCACAACUCUCAGAGCACUCGGGGGUACAGCAUAGCAUUUGAUCUUCUCAAAAAGCACUACAGAAACUGCUUUGGGGGUUAUGAGGCGCCUCAAGCCUUCAUGACGGACAAUUCAGCAGCUGAAAAGGCAGCUCUUCACAGCGUCUGGCCAAAUGCGACACAGUUACUUUGCCACUUCCAUGUGGCUCAGGCAGAGUGGCGCUGGCUAACAUCUGCGAAGAAUGUCAGCCUAGGACAGCGGAGGCAGCUGAUGUCAACGUUUCAGAAGGUCAUGUAUGCUGACACCGCAGAAGGCUUGGAAAAAGCAAAGGAAGAGCUCCAAGCCCUGUCCCAUGACUCCUACAGAGCACGUGUGCAAGCAUUCCUGCAAAAUGAACAGCAGUGGGUGUUGCUCUUUCGAAGAAGCAUCAUCACACGAGGCCAUAACACCAACAACUUUGCUGAGGCCUGCAUUCGUGUCCUGAAGGACAUCAUACUCUGCAGGGUGAAGGCAUUCAACGUUGUGGCAAUGGUGGACUUCGUGUCUGUUCCCUGGGAGAAAUACUUCAAAGAGCGGCUGCUAAGGCACGCACACAACCGUGUUGCAGCAGACCACCUGGGGUAUGACAGGCUGCUGAGAAGGAUGCCUGAAGGUGCUGCCGUGCAUGUCACCUGCCUUGGUGAUGGCUCCUAUGCUGUUCCAAGUGCCACAACUCAUGGAAAAUCCUAUGAAGUCAACUCGGAGGUUGGGCUUUGCUCAUGCCCAGCUGGGAGCCAAGGUGCCUUUUGCAAGCACCAGGCACUGGUGCACAAGAUCCAUGGUGGCAUGUUUCCCAAUGCGCCUGUGCUCUCUUCUGAGGAUCGCAUGGAACUUGGAAGGAUAGCGUUGGGGGAUAACUGCCCACCCCUGAGUUUCUUCGCAGGAUUUAGGGACAUGGAACAGGUGGAAAAUGCAGGACAAUCACUCCAGCCUUCAAGUCUUCCGGAAAGCAACACAGUGAACAUGGACAGUGAAUGUUCUGCCACAAGUGGCGAUAGCAGUCAAGAGCCCUGCACUUCCGGAGCUGCUCAAGCUUCCACCAUGGUUGAGGGCUUAACCAUUCGUGACUUCAUAAAAGAGCUGGAGCGGGGAGAUGCGCUGGUAGGGCAGAAUGAAACCUACUCCAGGUGCUUGAGGAAGGCCGUUCUUUGCCUAAAAAAAGCCAGGACUGAAACUCACUUUGUGGGCGCUAUGAUGUCCAUCAGUGCCGCCCUUGGUAGUGCUACCAGGCGAAGUGGCUACAUAAAAGUACAGCCGACAGGCAUUGCAAGGCGACGCAAGGGGCUCACAAGGGGGGCGAAGAGGGUUCCGGCUGGACGUCCACCAAAGAAGUCUGCCACUAAACAAGCUAAAAAACGUGUGCACAAACUGCAAGUCAGCGUGCAGAGCAAUGUGCCCCAUGCUAAAUCUCACGGACAAGGCCACUAGAAUUCACAUAUCGGCCUGCAGCGACCUGUGCACGACGACAAGCCGCAUUCUACGAGCCAGACAAUCAGUUCAGCAGUUCUACUGGUGUGCUCCAGUCGAGAGGCCACGCAUAUCUGUCCUCCUGGACAUUCCAUCAUCACCUAUCAGGACUCAUGUAGAGGACACCACCUCUGCAUUUGGUGAACCUACAUGUUUGGCAUACGAUUUGAUCUCUUAUCCCCUGAAUUUUGCAUCAGCCAGCACCUUGAAGCUGCCUCUGAAGGUACAG